CAGCGUAGUUUACCGCCACAAUCGGGCUGUGUUGUCGUCUAGCUGAGCGGUAUCGACAGGUGAAUUUUACAGACUUCCACAGAAGUGUCCAAGUCGCGGGAGGUUAACGUUCAACAUGCAGAUCUUUGUGAAGACCCUGACUGGCAAGACCAUCACCCUAGAGGUUGAGCCCAGUGACACUAUUGAGAAUGUCAAGGCUAAGAUCCAGGACAAAGAAGGCAUCCCACCUGACCAGCAGAGGCUGAUCUUUGCUGGCAAGCAGCUGGAAGAUGGCCGCACCCUGUCUGACUACAACAUCCAGAAGGAGUCCACCCUCCACCUUGUGCUGCGUCUGAGGGGUGGCUGUUAGUUAUUGUGGACCUUGCUUUACAUGAUUGCCAAUAGCAUUUGUUUUUGCACUGUAGCUCUUUAAUGUCUUAAUAUUGUAAGUUAAAUACAAGUUGCAGUAACUGCUGAACAGUCUGUGAAUGCUAAUAAAGAUUUUUGUUGCACAUUA